GUGUGUGCAUACGGUACUCAGUGCUCUGCCCGGAACCUUGCUGCUCCUGUCUAUGUUUCCGAUAGGACUGUUUUGAAUCGUGCACAGCGGCGGGCGGAGCGCUUUCCCGGUGACCCUGCUGCGGCUGUCAAGGGCCGAGCUCCGGUUCAUCAUCAUGGCGGCGGCGGAGGAGAGCGGAUGGACGUACUGAUGACCGUCCGGAAGAUCGCCUCGAUCUGUACGAUGGGCACCAAUGCCUCAACAUUGGAAAAAGAUAUCGGCCCAGAGCAAUUUCCGGUCAAUGAGCAUUACUUUGGUUUAGUGAAUUUUGGCAACACCUGCUACUGUAACUCUGUCCUGCAAGCACUUUAUUUUUGCCGUCCUUUUCGGGAGAAAGUUCUAGCCUACAAGGUCCAGCCUCGGAAGAAGGAAAGCUUACUAACAUGUUUGGCAGAUCUUUUCAACAGCAUUGCCACACAAAAAAAGAAGGUGGGGGUUAUACCUCCCAAGAAGUUCAUCUCUAGGCUGCGGAAAGAAAACGAACUUUUUGAUAACUACAUGCAGCAGGACGCCCAUGAAUUUCUAAACUACCUUCUGAACACUAUAGCUGACUUGCUGCAGGAGGAAAAGAAACAGGAGAAACAGAAUGGAAAACUGCAGAAUGGGAGCCUAGAGGCUCCAGAACCUGAUAAGCCGGAUCUUACCUGGGUUCAUGAGAUCUUCCAAGGGACGCUAACAAAUGAAACCAGAUGUCUUAACUGUGAAGCAGUCAGUAGUAAAGAUGAAGACUUCCUUGAUCUUUCUGUAGACGUAGAACAAAAUACUUCUAUUACACAUUGCUUAAGAGGGUUCAGUAAUACAGAAACACUAUGCAGCGAAUAUAAAUAUUACUGUGAGCAAUGCCGUAGUAAACAGGAAGCACAGAAAAGAAUGAGAGUGAAGAAAUUACCUAUGAUCCUAGCCCUGCACUUGAAAAGGUUUAAGUACAUGGACCAGCUGCACAGAUAUACCAAACUCUCCUACCGUGUGGUGUUUCCUUUGGAGCUGCGGCUCUUCAACACUUCCGGAGAUGCAACUAACCCUGAAAGAAUGUACGAUCUGGUAGCUGUGGUGGUUCACUGCGGAAGUGGACCAAACCGGGGACACUAUAUUACCAUCGUGAAGAGCCAUGGAUUCUGGCUGCUUUUUGAUGAUGACAUUGUAGAGAAAAUUGAUGCCCAAGCCAUUGAAGAAUUCUACGGUUUAACAUCAGACAUUUCCAAAAAUUCAGAGUCCGGGUAUAUACUGUUCUACCAAUCUAGAGACUGAAAUUCCUUCUAGGAAUUAAUUUCAAUAAAAUAUGCUGUUAUCUGCUGAGUUGCUGAAGAGAUGGUUACCUUCUAGACAUCAAACAGCCAUAAGAAAUGGAUAUUCUCUUCUAGUCCAAAAUCACUUUUAAUCAUCAUUUGUUUUUGUUUUUUUGGUUUUUUUUUCCUGUUGCUGAAAGGCUUAGAAACAUAACUUCCAAAAUUAUGGUUAUCCGUAGAGUCCCUUGAAGUACUGAUCCAGAUAAUGCUAUGAAAAUUCACAGACCCAGGCAAGACAGCACUUUGCAAUGCAGGAAAUGACUGAAGUUUGGUGCUCAGAGUUACAAUCAAAGAUUUUAACCAUUCAGUGUGAGUUAUUCACAUCAAGCAUAUCUUCAUAUCA